AGAAAAAAGAACACAGGCCCUAGCAAGCAAAGAUACAGUGUCGUGUAAGUGCACAUAGAUCCAAACAUUACGAAAUCAGAGUAACCUUUUACUUUAAGUGACUUGUCGGAGGUUCUUUUUCUAAAGAAAUCGGAUCUACAGAAAAAUAAAUACUUUUUAAUUUGAGUUUUUAUUGAACCUGUUGCAAGUAUGACUGCAGCUGUAACACAGAGAUGCAUCCGUCUUUCCCAGAGUUUGUUACUUAGAUCUCGGUCUAUGAUCUCUAAGCAAACGCCGCUGAGGACACUGAGGGGACAGCGGCACACGGCCUGCGGAUUUAGCCGAACCUUCAGCUCAUCUACUGGGACACUCAGAUCAGAAGACAAAGUAACAGUCCAUUUCAUAAACCGAGAUGGAGAAAAUAUCACGACUGAGGGGAAAAUUGGCGAUUCUUUAUUAGAUGUUGUUGUUAACAAAAAUCUGGAUAUUGAUGGAUUUGGUGCCUGUGAAGGAACAUUGGCAUGUUCCACCUGCCAUUUAAUCUUUGAUGAGAACAUCUUUAAGCAGCUGGACCCAGUCACUGAUGAAGAAAUGGACAUGUUGGACUUGGCUUAUGGACUCACUGAAACCUCACGUUUGGGCUGCCAGAUCUGCCUUUCAAAGUCGAUGAACGGUAUGACAGUAUCAGUGCCGGAGGGUGUGGCUGAUGUCAGACAAGCUGCAGAUAUGGGCUCGAGUCCUUCUUAACCCUAGUGAAAUUCCUUGAGACUCAUAGUGAUUAAUAGAUUCCUACUGUAAUUACAGGGAUGGAAAUAAGACUAUAUACAUACACUGCUGUGCAAAAGUUUUAGACAUGUUGCAUUUUUCUACUCUGACGCAUUAUGAGCAUCAACAAUUUACUCAAAGCCUCCACUGGUGUUUUCUACUAUUAUAACAACCUUGACUUGCAUAAAGA